AAAACUAAUUUUUACUCUUUUUCUAGUUUUAAUCAGGGGCCAAAUCAUGAGAGAAAUGCCGUCUUGUGCUCGGGUGACGAGGCAACAUGCGUUGCAGCAGAUGUCUUUGGACUUCCCAGUGGAGAAGAAAACACCCAGUAGAAUGCAUGCAAAAAAGAAGAUAGAAGAAUUGGAAGCAGAGCCAAAGGGGAUUUGUCGUGCAGAGACGAAAAAGACAGUGAGGAGCUUUUACAGCCAACCAGUGUGUGUUUCACUGACUCCUCGUUCCCCAAGAAAGAGCCCAUGCAAGAACCCAUUGUCACUCAAUGGGAGCAGUAGCAGUCCAAAAAAGAAACGGGGUUUGAAGUCGUCUACAGACGAGCCAGAUGAGAAUGUUGUCUCCAUAGUUGAGAAACGUCAGCUUCCUCUCCAAUUGUGUAAACCAGAUGUUUCAGCAUAUGAUUCCGUUAAGGUUGCCCUACACAGUUCAGUUGGGGCACCCUUGAUAGGAAGGGAAAUGGAGAUCUCUUUCCUCCAUGACUUCAUUUCAGAGAAUCUCAGGAAAAAGAAUUCAGCCAGCCUUUAUGUGUCUGGACCCCCUGGAACUGGGAAGACUGCCUCUAUUAACCACAUCCUUGAAAACUUCAAGGAUGAUCUACCAGCUCACAAGGCAAUUUUGAUCAACUGUAUGGCUGUGAAGAAUGUGUCAUCAGUCUACUUUCACAUCGCCAAGGGCCUUGAUGGGGCAUUUCCAUGUCAGAAGGGAGAAAAGGAAACAAUCACAUGGAUUGAGAACAAGAUCACAUGCUCCCGAAAUCCAAUACUCUUGGUGUUGGACGAAGUGGACCAGCUGUCGAGUCGACGGCAGGAGAUCCUGUAUCGCAUCUUCCAGUGGCCCCUUCUCCCUUCCUCUCGCUUGAUCCUCAUUGGCGUGGCAAAUGCCUUGGAUCUGACCGAUCGCAUGCUCCCCUGGCUUCAGGGCUGUGUGGCAGCUCGUCCACAGCUCUUUCACUUCAAGUCUUACUCCAAAGAUCAAAUCUUGGACAUACUCCGCGCUCGCCUAGACCAGGCAGGUGAUAGUCAAAAUGUGUUUCAUCCACUGGCACUUCGAUUCCUUGCAUCCAAGAUUGCAGGGCGUGCCGGAGACAUCCGCAUGGCAUUGGAUGUGUGUCGUCGAGCAGUCAACUUGGCCGAAGCCAAGGCCAAGGAGCAGCUUGUGCUUCAGCCAGUAUCUAAUGGCAAAGGGCAGUGCCAAAAGCUCCCCUUGAAAGAGAUAGGGAUCCGGGAAGUAUCUUCCCUCUAUGACGAAGCGACUGGCUCAUCGGUGGCCAACCUCAUUUCUGGUUCGUCUCAUGAGAUGCCCCUGCAGCAAAAGCUGGCUGUUGCUACUCUGCUUCUCAUCACCAAAGGGACCAAGUCCAAGGAGACCACCAUCUCCAAGUGGCAUGAGGUGUUUCGCCGUGUGUGUGAUAAGAGGAGUGUGGAAGGUGUGAGCCCCUCCGAAUUCGUGCAUCUCGUCUCCCUCCUCGACUCUCAUGGGAUUCUGGCCUUGAAAAAGAAGAAAGAUGUCCGUCUUUCUCUCGCAAGCUUGAGGCUGGACGAGGGAGAGGUGGAGAAUGCAAGGAAUCAUUUCAUGAAACUCUUGAAGGAUGAUCUCCUGAAGCCAACUGCAAUUGCUGCCAUUGAGACUCUACUCUAUUACAUGGAGCAUGACCAAUAA